AUGAAUGAACAUCUCGAUAGUUGCCUGCUACCUUCUUCGUCGCCUCACAAAAAACGUCCUGCCAACGAAGAGAGCCAUGUGCUCUCGAGAGAUGAUAAGGCGACGGUAAAAGAAGAAACUAAGACCCCUGUUCCACGGUCUAAGACACGUCGUACCGAGCAUGUGCGCCCAUUUUCCGAGCGCAUGCGCCCUCAAACACUCGACGAAUACGUGGGCCAGGACGAUGUGGUCAAUGGAUCGCUGCGUGCGCUCUUACAUAAGGGUCAUAUCCCAUCAAUGGUACUUUGGGGUCCGCCAGGAUCAGGAAAAACAACACUCGCACGCCUAUUGACGCGCGAGGCGAUCACUACGACGAACCACACGCCGUUCCGCUUCGUCGAGUUGUCCGCCACAACUGCCACAGCUAAUGAUGUCAAGCGUAUUGUUGAAGAAGCUGUGAAUCGACAGAUGCUUACGACACAGCGUACUGUGUUAUUUAUCGACGAGAUACAGCGCUUCAACCGUGCCCAGCAAGACUUGUUUCUCCCCAUGCUCGAGCGUGGCCUUAUCACGUUGCUUGCAGCCACAACAGAAAAUCCGUCGUUCCGGCUUCAGGGCGCACUUCUUUCGAGGCUACGUGUGGUUGUACUGACGAAGCUUAGUGAAUGUGACUGCCUUCAUAUACUACGAAAUGCUUUGGCUCGUGUGCGAACUGGUGAAGACGACGUCUUUGAUGCCGCUUCGUAUGAAUGGAUUGAUGAUUCUCUUUUGCAAUGGAUGGCUCAGAUGGCCGACGGAGAUGCACGCGCCGCGCUUCAAGCUCUUGAGCUUGCUCUUGUGAGAGACGAUGGCGCUGAUCGCGAGCGACUAAAGGCAAGUUUGCGUCGCACAGCGCUGAAAUAUGACCGCGCAGGCGAUGCUCAUUAUGACACUAUUAGCGCCCUUCACAAAAGUAUCCGUGGGUCCAAUCCAGACGCUGCUUUGUACUGGCUGGCUCGCAUGGUUGCGGGUGGUGAUGACCCUCUAUUUAUUGCGCGACGUCUGAUUGUGUGUGCGUCAGAGGACUGUUGCUCGGCAGAUGCUCUUGCUCUAGCAACUGCGACUUAUCGUGCGUGCGAAAUUGUCGGCUUGCCUGAGUGUGGGAUCAACUUGUCGCACUGUGUGGUGGCGCUUGCGGAAAGUCCCAAAAGCACACGUUCGUAUCGUGCGUGGAAAAAGGCUUUGUCGAAGGUUGAAUCUGAAUUCAAUGUACGUUUAUGCGCAUGUCUAACUGUUUCCGCAGUAUCCUGUACCGCUGCAUAUUCGCAAUGCUCCUACACGCAUGAUGCGCGAACUCGGCUACGGAGCACAGUAUCGUUAUGA